GUUCAUUAUCGAGGACGAGUGCAUUGUUCAGAACGUGUCGAGCAGCUCCCAAUCUGGCCUUGAACGCUCGCCAUUCUCCGACUUAGGGUCACAUCUUGAUAGUUUUGGAGAUUAUACGAGAUUGCGACAAGGUAGAAGCUCGCGCAAGGAAGAGGAAGCGGGCUCGAAUGGAACACAAGGUACUUUGUUGGCCCUUCCUCACCACACCACACUGAAGCGUAUAACACGGCGAACAUCCACCCUCUCGAGGCUCACUGCUACACCCUUAUCACACCGACAAUCACAACGCUGCGCAAUUCUGCAAGAUGCAAUUUACUUCUACAUCUCUCCUUUUCGCGAGCGUCGCUAUGCUCGCAGCAGCGAAGCCUGCCCCCCAAGGCUUCAAUCUUGGAGAAAGCAAGUUCUUCAACGCCCCAACGAGACAGAGCUGCAACGACGUUCCAGGCGGCAAUGGGUACUACUGCGACGCGGCAGCGAACUUGUACUACUGUACGGCUGGAUAUCGUCAACUUUGUCAGAGGUGCGGUCAAGCCACGAGCUUCGACCAGCCAAGUGGCUGCACGGCUUCGAACAGUGGAGAGGCGGGUAACUGCUAUGGAACGAGCGCUGCUGCGAAACAAUGCUAGAUGCGCGGGACGGCGGAGAGGCGCUGUCGUGCAGGCACUUGGGCUGCACAAGAGCUGAGACUCGCGGCUUGCUGAUGCAGGACGGCUGGGGCUUUGGCCUUCGCGCAGAUACCCGAGCGUAAAGAGCUGAGAAGCAUUCACGCGUUGUGCAUCAAUUGGGCCGGAGAUGUUUUGUCAAACAGCGAUGCUCAAUGACAGUCACUCGUCGCGAAGAAGGUCAUGUACAUCGAUCCUUAUACAUCGCAUUUGGAGAACCAUUCGCACAAUAGCCAAUCUUUCCACCUUGCUCUUUACACUUCUGGGGCAUAAGCUACA